AUGAAGCGACGACAAGUCAUUCGAGUUGAUGAUCAUCCUCGACGACAAACUAUUGAGGAUGCGCGUCAAGCUGCCUUUGAGAAUGGUUUUGUUAUUGGCGGUCCAAAUUCCUCAGUUGAUAAAAUGUUGAAAGGGAGCUCCUGGGUUCUGGUUCGCAAUGCGUUCACCAAGCUCAACACGGAAAAAACUCCCUUCAACUUUUAUACGAUGUUUGUCCCGGACCUGCUCCAUGAAGUUGAACUGGGAGUUGCUAAAGCAAUUAUUACCCAUCUAAUUCGAAUGCUCCAAACCUUCAAACAGGUUGACGAGUUUGAUCAACGGCAAGCAGCAGAAAUUCUUAUCGGGAUUGCCUUCUUACACUAUUGCAGAUUUCGGCAAGUUGAAACCUUUGGGCGCUCUGUUAUCCGCACAUUCGGUCACAACGUUUCGGAUAUGAAGUAUGCAGCAGCUCGAAAUUUUGAGGAUGUACUACAGUGCAUUCUUCCUAUUGUUGAUGGUCUAUUUCCCCUUCACCAGCAGCUCGUUGAUCAACUCUGUUUUGAAUUGGCUCUCUGGCACGGCAACCACAAGUCUUCUCACAACUAUACGACGGUUCGCGCAAGAGACAGCCGACGAAAAACUUAUGAGUUGCCUCGCGAAGAGCGUCGAAGGGCCAACCAAGCAUCCAAGGCGGCGGCGGCGGCGAAAGCAGCAGCAGCAGCAGCAGUUACUGACCUAGCUGCACAUGUUCAACCAACAACACUUCCCCAAAACCCAGUUCCUCCCGUUCCCCCUUCUCUAAGCUCAAGUGCCACAUUAAAGACAAAACCCAAACCCAAACCUAAACCCAAGCCCAAGUCGAAGGCGAAGGCGAAGGCGAAGUCAAAAUUGACAGGCCCAGCUGGUCCCGCGAUACCGUUGGCGAACACAAAUGGCAACGAGACACUCAUACCUGGACUGCCAACGCCCAUUGCCGACCACUCAUCUGAUUCAGCAACGCUGUUGGCAAACCCAGAUGGUAACCUACUGCCGGCAGCUGGCCCAUCGACACUCAGCACCAACCACUUGUCUGCACCAGCUGCCGCGCCAAGUUCAUUGGCUACGCCUGGUUCAUCGACUGCAAGCGCAACUCCCCCUGCUCCGCCCAAACAAAAGGGAGAAAAGGUCGAGAAGCCAUUCAAUUUAAUCACGUUCAAAUUGCACUCGCUCCCUGACUAUCCGGAUGCCAUUCUGCGUUAUGGAACCACCGACUUGUUUUCAACGCAGAUUGGUGAGCUUGCUCACAGGCUCGUCAAAUAUCUGUACCGUCGCACGAACAAGCGAGAUCAUGUUCGUCAAAUUGCUAAACAUGAACACCGCCGACAGUUGAUUCGUGCAAUGUGGGAGAAACGAAAGUCCUAUAAAGAGGCUGAGAGAAAAGCUGCUGAGAGAGCAACCGCAACAGGAGCUAUCCCCCCACCGACCAAACAGCCAAGUGCUACUGAAGCAAGCAAAGCACGUCCGCAAGCGACAACAACUGGUGUCCACUCUCCGUCCCAAACCUCUAUCGUCAUCAUAUGGUGCCUAUACAUCGACAUGGAGGAUGAAGAGGAAGCUUUAGAUACUGGUACUGACGGGCCUCCCAUAGAACCCAUGGAGAUUGAUCAGUCGUACUCCGAUCCCGCACUCAAGGACUUUACUCCCAAACUCAAGGCUUACUUGCGACGUCAACUUCUCGGCCUUGACGAUGAUGUUCAGCUCACUAAGGAGGAUUUGCUCAAUGUGAUUGUGGAGAAGGAUUUGCUUUAUACUCAUGCAACCAUGAAGGUCAACUACACAACAUACGAUGUUCGUCAAGACCAGGACACAUUGAAUCCGCGAACCCGAAGAUUUUUCAUGGUUCAUGCACAGGAUUCAAUCGAUCCUCACCGUUACUGGUAUGGCGAAAUUUUGGGCAUAUUCCAUGUCUAUGUGUUACUGGCAGACCACCCUAGUAAAGCAAAGCGCAUGGAAUUCCUUUGGGUUCGAUGGUUCCGACGCGACAUGACCUACAUCUGCGGACUCAAAGCAAAACGCUUCCCGCGCCUUGGCUACAUGCCGCAUGAGGAUCCCGAUGCUUUCGGUUUUGUCGACCCUCAAGAUAUUGUGUGGGGCAGUCAUUUGAUACCUGCUUUUCGCCACGGACGAACAACGGAGUAUCUUCCUAAGUCUGUGGCUCGACCCGAAUCUAGCAGAAACGAAGACUGGCGAUUCUAUUAUGUCAAUAUGGUGGUUGAUCGCGACAUGCUUAUGCGGUACCAUGACAAUGUCAUUGGCCAUCGCAAGAUUACGCCUCUCCAACUGUCGGACGACAGUCUUUCCACAAUUGACAACAACCUUGCGGUUUCAUCUGAUCAGACACUGUUGAGCGAAGCAGUGGAUGACCCGUCCUCAAUAGAGGAUACUACUAUGCCCUUGAUGCAGGUUAACGGGGAUAACAGCGAUUCAGAGGAGGAGGAUGCUGAUUGGCGUGGAGACACGAUAUUUGAACAGGACAACGAAGAGGCUGAUAAUGAAGAUGAACCGUUGUAUGGAGGUGAUGCGGCAGUUAUCAAUCACCUUGGUCUAGCUGAAUAG